CGUGGUAGUGGUGGUGGUGAAGAAGGAGAGGGGAGAAGGAGGGCGUCGUGGUCGUAGCAGUCGAAGCGGCACAGUCACAGUCGCAGUGGUGCGCGUGUGUAGUGGCAGUCGUCGUCGUAGCAGUGAUAGUGUCGGUGUUGUCGGUAGUGGUGGUGGCGGCGGUGGCAGUCGUAGUAGUAGUGGUAGCAGUGUUGGUGGCGGUGGCGGCGGCGGUGUUGGUGUCGGUGGAGGUGGUGGUGGCGGUGGUGAACGUCGUCAUCGCGGUGGUCGAGUCUGUCUCCUCUGCUACGCGACCAUGGCCUCGCAGAAACCUGGAGAAUGGGUGCAGUCUCUCAUAGCCAGGUUUGAUGCACAGUUACCUGUGAAAAAAGGCCAACACACAACCCAGUCCAUUCAAAAUGUGGAGCAAAACAAAGAAUGUCUUAUUAAUGUUAGCAACUACAAAUUCUCAUUGGUUAUCAAUGGACUUACCAAAAUAUUACAGUCCAUUUCCAAUACGAGAUUAAAUGGACCCGAAGUUGAACGGAACUUUUUUGAGUCACAGUUGAUAAUUUUGGACACUUUGGAACAGGUACUAAACUCGCAACCCAAAGACACAAGCCGAUUAGAUGAAGCUAUGUAUGUGAAGCUGCUACUGCCUGAAAUUUGUAAAUGUCUUAACUGGUCCACAGAAACCACGCCCCUUGCCCUACAGCUGAAAACCUUAGCUUCCAAAGUCUUAUAUGCUCUCAGUCAAAAUAACUUCACAGCUGUCUUUCACAGAAUUUCAGCACGAUUAACGACCUUAUCAACGUGUAGUGAGGACCAGUCAGAUCUCUCAGAUUUGGACUUGAUACAACACAUAAAUGUUGACAUGAUACGACUUAUUAAGUUGUUAAACGAAAUCAGCUCCAAGUUCAAAACGUUGAAACAGAAAUCAGUAAUCUACACGCUAGCACACAAUCUAGAGAAGGCUAUCUGGAAUUGGAUGGACAAUUACCCACAUGAAUUUAAUAAUUUACACCAGAAACCAGACAGCGAAUUACAAGAUUACUGUGAUAAAAUGUUUGAGCUGUUCAACAGCUUUACAGAAAACUCCAAGAAGAAAGCUACAGUAUGGCCACUCCAGAUGAUGUUGUUGGUACUCUGUCCCGUAAAUAUAAGCUAUAUGAUUGAUUAUAAGCUUAUAUUUCUCCAAGAGAUCUCUAAAUCUCAAAAGUUUUCAGCUUAG